ACCGACAGACUCCUCCUCAGAGAGGUAAUCAACUCUACCUUUCUACAGGAUCCACCUUCCUCUCUGCUGCGGUGCAAAGCCUAGCAGAGCUCCGGAAGACUCGACUCCUGCUGCCAGGCCUUGUGUGAAGGAACGUUCAACAAAAGCUGCUAUGGAGAACCAUGUCACACAGAUUGCCCGAGAGGACCUGGAAGAACUCAGGGAGGCUUUCAACAAAAUUGACAUUGACAAAAGCGGGUUUGUGAGUGACUUUGAACUUCAAGAGUUGUUCAGAGAGGCAAGCUUCUAUCUGCCCGGAUACCAAGUGCGAGAGAUCAUUGAUACGUUCAUCGCUGGAGAUACGAAUAAAGAUGAGAAGAUCAGCUUUGAGGAAUUUGUCACUAUAUACCAACAGCUGAAGAGCAAGAAGUACAGUGAGACGUUCAGAAAAUGCAUCUCAAGGAAAGAUGGGAUCUACUCCUUUGGAGGCAUGUCGGAAAUCUCCAACCAGGGGACGCAGCACUCAUACUCAGAUGAGGAGAAAGUGGCUUUGGUUAACUGGAUCAACAAGGCUUUGGCGAAAGAUCCAGAUUGUAAACAUCUCCUGCCUUUGAACCCCAACGACGAGAGCCUCUUCACCUCUGUCCGAGACGGCAUCUUGUUAUGUAAAAUGAUCAACCUGUCUGAGCCUGACACGAUUGACGAAAGAGUCAUCAACAAAAACAGACCUACCACCUUCAAAAUGACAGAAAAUCUGGUCUUGGCCCUGAAUUCAGCCUCAGCAAUUGGCUGCACAGUGAUUAGCAUGGAUGCUCAUGAUCUGAUGGCCGGUAAACCUCAUUUGGUCAUGGGACUGCUCUGGCAGAUCAUCAAGGCUGGACUGUUUGCUGAUAUGAAACUCAGUAAGAACGAAGAUCUCAUCUGGCUUCUGAGAGAUGGAGAACAACUGGACCAUCUAUUGUCUCUCUCCCACGAGGAGUUGCUGCUCCGCUGGGUCAACUAUCAUCUAAGUAAUGCAGGAACACAAACGAUUAACAACUUCGGUGAAGAUAUAAAGGACUCGCGGGCCUACUUCUAUCUGCUGGACCAGAUUGCUACCAAUGAGGAGCAAAAAUUCAAAAUGCGUGUCCAAAUCGACAUGAACGGCCUCAAUGAGCGCAAUUUGGAACGUAGGGCUGAACUGAUGCUGCAGCAAGCCGCCAAGAUGGACUGCAGGCAGUUUGUUACCCCUCAUGACGUCACAUCUGGAAACAGCAAACUCAACCUGGUCUUUGUUGCCAACCUGUUCAACAUGCACGCUGGUCUGCAAAGGGGUAAUGUGAGCAGAAACGACAUUGAAAAGGCACAAAUAAGAGAGGAGACCAGGGAAGAGAAAAUCUUUCGCAACUGGAUGAACUCUCUCGGUGUUUCACCACAUGUAAACCAUCUUUACUGGGAUCUGUGUGAUGGUCUGGUGAUUCUGCAGCUUUUAGAAAAAGUCAGAGUGAAUGUGAACUGGAAGAAAGUCAACAACCCACCUUAUCCUUUGUUGGGGGGAAACAUGAGGAAGCUGGAAAACUGCAACUAUGCCGUGCAUCUGAGCAGGGACGUGGCUCGUUUCUCUCUUGUUGGAGUUGGAGGAGAAAACAUUAAUGAAGGCAGUACCAUACACACCCUGGCACUUGUCUGGCAGCUAAUGAGGAGAUACACAGUUAUGGUUUUGUCUGAUCUUGGCGAUGGAGAAAAGGUUAAGGAUCAGAUCAUCCUGGACUGGGUCAACACCACUCUGAGCCAGAAACGAAAGGACACACAGAUCAAGAGCUUUAAGGACAAUCUGAUCAGCACCAGUCUGCCUGUGAUUGAUCUGAUUGAUGCCAUCUCCCCGGGUACGGUCAAAUGGGACAUGGUGAAGAAAGCGGGGAAAGGAAGAAUGUCUGAUGAGGAAAAACUCGACAAUGCCAAGUAUGCAAUCUCACUGGCCCGCAAGAUUGGAGCUCGGGUCUAUGCUCUGCCAGAUGAUUUGGUGGAGGUAAAACCUAAGAUGGUGCUAACACUGUUUGCCUCCCUCAUGGGACAUGGUUUGAAAAAAGCCAGACACUGAAAGAGAUACUGUUGGGGGACAAGGACAAAAACUAAAUGUGUCGGCUUUCCUUUUUCAUCAGUGUAAUCAUUUUUUCUUUGACCAGGAGGAGUCAGCUAAAGAUGGAAAUCAUUGCUCAUUUACAGUCGUUUAAUCUAUGAUUUUCUGGAACCUUAUUUUCAUUUGCUUUAUAUUUAACAAUGCUCUGUAAGUUGAAUUAUUCACCCAGGUAUCUUAUAAUAAUAUCCGUGAAUGUUGUCCAGUGAAUAAACCUAUUCAAUUUUUUAACCAAAUUCAUUAAAUGUAUGCAACAAUUAUGA